AUGUUAGAUGAAUGUGAAGAUAGAAAUUAUGUGUCUGAUUUUUCUGAAGAGGCCAAUGUUCGUGUGGAAGAAAAUUUUUGGGGGGGCUAUGGGCACAUUGAUGUCCCUUGUUUUUCAGGUGAUAGUAAUUUUAUUCCUCCAAAAUGUUCGCUGGCUAUAAAUGCAUUUGAGCAUGUUGUUUGUUCUAAACUCGAAAGAGCAUAUAAAGAUUUUUGUAAACAAAAUAAGGCAUUCAACUUAAACAAAUGUGAAUGGUUGGCCCUAAAAGAGUUGAGAACAAAAUUGGAUAAAGUAACCAUUAAGUCAGCUGAUAAAGGGGCUCGUCAUAACACAUCUGCACCAGGAAGCCAGGAAGAUGGUGGAUGGCUAAUAACCAAUGGAUGUCAAAGCAGCAGAAAUCAUGAAUUGAUCUGUAAAAUUAUAAAAUAUGUUACUGGAUGGCAUUUAUCCAUUUUUGUUCCUUCUGUGUACACUUUAGUGCUGGUUGUGGGCCUACCACUAAAUUUCUUCAUGAUUCUAGCAUUGGUGUUUAGAAUUAAGUUGAAUAAACCUUCUCAGGUCUAUAUAUUUAAUCUGGCCAUUUCUGAUUUGUUGUUUACCUUCUCACUUCCUCUUAAAAUAGUUUAUUACUUUUCUGGUAGCCACUGGCCUUUUGGUUCUGUAAUGUGUCAAAUUGUGUCAGCUGCAUAUUAUUGUAACAUGUAUUGUUCAAUCUUAUUGAUAACAGGUAUAGCAGUGGACAAGUUCUUAGCUGUAGUAUAUCCUUUAAAUUCUCUGUCAUGGCGUAGAUGUAGCUAUGCAUAUGCUAUUUGCUGUACCAUAUGGAUUAUUGCAAUUGCUGGCACUAUCCCUCUGCUCCCUAAGGAACAGACCUUUGAAAUAGCAGAACAUAAUAUUACAACCUGCCAUGAUGUGUCUUCCUCUGAGCUGCAACAGUUUUAUCAAUAUUACUUUCAGGUCUUGUGUUCUGCUUUCUUUUUUGUGCCUCUGAUUGUUAAUUUGGUUUCUUACAUUUGUGUUAUAAGGAUCCUUUCUAGGAAAAAUAAUGUAAACAGAACUAAGAAAACAAAAGCUAUUUUCUUGUCUGCAACAGUAUUCAUUGUUUUUAUUGUAUGCUUUCUACCAACAAAUAUUUUAUUAUGUGUUCAUUAUCUACAAAAUAAUAGUAUGCAUGGAGAUUCAGUCUACUUUUAUUAUCUUCUUUCUGUUUGUAUCAGCAGUUUGAACUGCUGCUUUGAUCCACUAAUUUAUUACUUUGCCUCCUCUGAGUGUCAGAAACUAGUUCAGAACUAUUUAAGUUGUAAAAAUCAUAAACCAUCUGAUACCAGUAAGCAAAACACAGAGUGCCUUGUUGUCUAAGGAUUUCUGCUCUAUAUUCAAAUUCUAAAAUAUAUAGCUCUGAUUUGUUUUCUGUAUCAUGUAAACUAUGUCAAGAAGUACAAAUUAUAUUCCUAUACUGUGACAACUGCAGCUGUAGUAUCUUUUGGCUAAAGGAACUGUUGAAACCUACAAUGAAAAUAUUCUCCCUAACAGUACUGUAAAAAUAGCAUACUCUGCUAUAAAGCAGAAUAUAAACACUUUUCAAAAACUGAGUUAAGACAGUAUUUCAUCAUUAAUAAAGCACAAUGCAGUUGA